AUGAACCCACAGGUUUAUAACACAUGGAAUAUGAAAAAAAAAAAAGCAAAGCAAUAUAUUUACCUCACUGCCCCCGAAAACAUUAAGCCUUCCAACCUCACCUCCGCUGGCCGUCACACGCUCCCGCUCCUCAACAUUCUCCUCCAGCCGGUGGUCAACUGUAAGGAGAGACACAACCCCACCAACAGUGUCCAAUAUGCAACGAGAAUCUCCAACAGAUGCAACUGUCACAGUCCAGCCAUCGAUCACGACAAACGUAACAGUUGUUCCAGAUGUCUCGCCUGUCAAUUCCAUUCUUCACGAUCAAGUCCUUGGGGAACAGCACUCAAGACAUUGUUCAGCAAAUUCUCCUUAGCAAAUAUUGCAGCUGAUAUGCCGUUAUGCCCAUCAAAUAUCUAA